AUGAUUAUUGGCGGUCGUAUCUUUGGCAAGGCUUUAUACGAGGCAGGACGGCAGGCGUAUAAGAAUGCGCAACAUAGACCAGUAUUAGCGGCGGGGGGUGAAGCUGCGGGCGUGCAAAAUGCGACCUCCAUGUCUCUCACGGACAAACUCACACGAGAACAUAAAAUGACUGCCGAUGAGGCACGGAUGAUUCUCAAUGUUGGAAAGGACGAAGGAAUCGAGGCAAUGAUGAAGCACUUUGACCAUCUCGUGAAAGCCAACUCGCCAAAGCCGAUUCCAGAAGGCACCUCUCCAGCAGCUGCUGCACGAUUACAACAGCAACACACGAGCCUAUACCUUUUGGCCAAAGUCGUCCGAGCAAGAGAAAGGCUCGAGGCGGAGAUGGUCGCUGCCGCAGAGGAGCAACUGAUAGGCAAGGAGCAAGCAUCCCAUACAAAGGAUACUCCGCCAUGA